CCCACUUCGCCCUGGGCAGCCGCAGCUAAAAGCCGGAGGCUCCAAAGUGGAACUCUUGUCGAGCCUGGGCCGACUCGCUUCGGGGAGGGCGAGCCUGAGCUGGAGCCCUGAGCUCCUUCCACCGCCCAAGAAGUUAGUUAAGUCUCCAGAGGGGUCCAGUUCCGCCCGGGCAAUUCCAGGGACGAAUGGGGUCAUGGAGCCCACAGGAGCGCGACUAAGUUUGGAGGCGCGGGGACCAGCGCCCUCUGGAGAGCCCCCGCCGGCCGAGGUGCUGCCCGCCCCGGGGGUCCUAUGCGUGGAGGGUAGCGGCGACGGCGAGGGCACUUCGGAGACCCCGAGUCCCGACGCUCAGCUAGACGACAGACCCCUAUCCCCGAAGGAAGAGGCCGCCCUCCAGGAGCAGGAGGAGCUGCUGGAUUGUCGCCGACGCUGCCGCGCGCGCUCCUUUUCCUUGCCCGCGGAUCCCAUCCUGCAGGCGGCCAAGUUCCUGCAACAGCAGCAGCAGCAACAGGCUGUGGCGCUGGGCGGCGAGGGGGCGGAAGACGCGCAGCUCGGCCCGGGCGGCUGCUGCGCCAAGUGCAAGAAGCGAGUGCAGUUCGCGGACACGCUGGGGCUGAGCCUGGCCAGCGUGAAGCACUUCAGCGAGGCGGAGGAGCCGCAGGUGCCGCCCGCCGUCCUCUCGCGCCUCCGAAGCUUCCCCAUGCGCGCGGAGGAUCUGGAGCAGCUGGGGGACCUGCUGGCCGCAGCGGCGGUGGCCGCUCCCCUCUCAGCGCCGCCUUCCCGGCUCCGGCCGCUAUUCCAGCUCCCGGGGCCGAACGCCGCGGCCGAGCGCCUGCAGCGGCAGCGCGUGUGCCUGGAGAGCGUGCAGUGCUCGGCGGCCCCGGGCGCGGAGGUGAAGGGCUCCGGCCGGGUGCUCAGCUGCCCUGGGCCCAGGGCCGUGACCGUGCGCUACACCUUUACCGAGUGGCGCACCUUCCUGGACGUGCCGGCUGAGCUGCAGCCCGAGCCGCAGGAGCCACAGCCACCAGAGGCGCCGUCGGAGGCUUCGGAGCCCCGGUCCGGGGAUGCAGAGAAACAGCCAGGAGCCGAGUGCUUCCACUUCUCACUGUGCCUGCCUCCGGGCCUGCAGCCUGAGGAUGGGGAGGAAGCCGACGCGCGCAGCGUCGCGGUCCACUUCGCGGUCUGCUACCGCUGCGCGCAGGGUGAGUACUGGGACAACAACGCAGGUGCCAACUACACGCUGCGCUACGCGCGCCCUGCGGACGCGCUCUGAGCCUGGAGCGCUUCGAAGAGCCGUGGGGCGGGGCUAAUCAGCACGUGGAGCUCGAGCCGCGGUCCCCAAGGACUUGCUGGGAUGCUUUGCUGAGCAUGACGGAUCUGAAGACAGGGGCGCGUGGAGGGAAAGUGGGGAGACGUCGAACUGUCGACUCGCAUCCCAGCAGACACGUGAGCGAGCUUAGAGAGCCCGGGCAAAGCUCCGGCCUCAGUCUUCUUGUCCUUGGGACCUUCCUACACGGCCUCUAGAAUUCCCAGCCUGUGUCAGAAUAGGAAGAGACUCCCAAGGCCCGGAGCGGCUGCCUCCAAAGAAAAAGGCUCCCGACUCCCAGGCGUGGUUCUAAGACCUUGGGAUUGGUUUUUAACUCUAAAUACCGUAUUUUAACCCUUGCAGCUUGCUGGAAACCCCUACGGAAAGGACAAAUUGUCCUGCCACCGUGCACCAAAGGAAGAUACCACGGACUGUGGGUGCAUGGUGCAUGGGACCUUUACACCCCAGCCUGUCUCUCAGAGAAAACCCGGGCGGGGCUGGGCCAAACUACCGUUUUCUUUUGACUGGGAUGUGGGAAAUGUUUGCCCAGACUUGGCGCUGUUUACUUGUGCGAUUGUGUACAAAUGUCCUUUUAAAAAGUAAAGGCCAUUCGCCCCC